AUGAAAACGACGAAUUCAAUUAAACAGCCAUCGGUACCGUUUCGAGCUCGAUUAGCUGGUGUAUCCUUGAUUAUCGCAUGUGGACUGUUCAUAUUCAGUAACGUUUACGUCCGAUGGAGCACGUUUCCGUUCAAUUAUCGAAAUUUCAAUUCGGUUUACAGUGGCCUAUGGCGUCGGAAUGUCAUCUACGGUACUCGAGUAGUAUCAUUCAAAAUCAAAUGUUCCAUGGAGAGAAAAUCUUGUGUAAAUCUCAUCAUCGCACGAAUUUUUAUGGUUUUGGCUUGUAUUACCUCGGGAAUGGGAGGCAUAUGUCUUUCAUAUCUGCCUUCAUCGAAAGCGAAACAGCGGUCACUGGUCUACAUAAUUGGAUUAAUCUUGGCCUUUCUUUCAUUCGGGUAUGGUCUAGUCGGCUUUCUCUCUGGAAUUAUUUGGAUUGCUCAAUUCGAACGCGAUGCUAUUGGUAGUGCAGCAAUUUGCGCUUUAAUUGGUUCACUUCUUUCACUUACUAGUGCCAUUUGUGCUUUUUUUAUUAAUUCAAAUAAAUCGACAUAA